UUGUAUACCACGUGACACCACGGAAGUGACGCGGGGUGCUCAAAAGAGUUAAGCAAAGCAUCUGGGAGCAAAACAGCAGUUAGCUUUAUUUCAUUUUAACCCACAAGACCGGAGGAGGUGACUAACUGACGGUCAGAGCAGCUAACACAUCUGCAAUUAGACAGCCACAAUGAACCCAGUAUACAGCCCUGCACCAACAGGGGUCCCCUUUACCAACACUAAGGGUAUAGGUUAUCCAGCUGGAUUUCCUCUAGGAUACGCAGCAGCUGCUCCAGUGUACACUCCCAACGUCUACGCAGGAGCAAACCCAGGCUUCCCUAAUGGCUAUGCUCCAAGCGCUCCUUUCAAAGUGUCCUGCUCUCCCAGCACAGGGACCGUCCCACCAUACUCCUCCUCCCCAAACCCCUACCCAACUGCUGUGUACCCUGUCAGGAGCACCUACCCCCAACAGAACCCUUAUGCACAGGCACUAAUACCUUCACAACAACAAGGCCCUUACUACACACAGGCUCUGUAUGCUCCACCGCCUCAUGUCAUCCAUCACACGACAGUGGUCCAGCCCAAUGGGAUGCCUGCAGCAAUGUAUGCUCCGCCUAUCCCUCCUCGCAACAAUGGUGUUGCCAUGGGCAUGGUAGCCGGCACCACUAUGGCCAUGUCAGCUGGAACUUUGUUGACAACUCCAUCGCCAGCGCCCGUCGCUCCCCACCCAGUCACGAUGCCCACAUAUCGGCCUCCUGGCACACCCAGCUACAGCUACGUGCCCCCGCAGUGGUGAAGAGAGAGAAGCGUCCGGAAGAUGGUAGAUAUGCAUUCACACUCCAGUGUUUUUCUCUCGUGGUGACGACCUGCCCCGCCCUGGCAGCGUCCGCUACCAAUUCUUCUUCUUCCAGCAUAAUGUGAAUCUAAAACCCAACUACAUAGAGUCCCAUUUGGAUAAGCAGGGGGUGACAAAUAGGCCCAUCCCCACAACCCCUAUUAAUGGAAUAAGGCUGCAUUCCAUACCCCCACGCCCCCACCCCCUCAGCGCCAGCACCUCUACAAACCUGCUGCAUAUCUCACGUCAAACUGCAAAGCCUCCAUGCAAACUCUAUGUGGACUCUCAUGCAGGUUUUUAUAGCUUAAAUUCUUAUGUAGUGAAAAGGGAGUUUGGAAUAGUUUUUUUUUUCCUUUAAUUUGGGGGAUUAAAUAUGAUGUUGAAUGCAUGUGUAUAUAUAGAUUUACAAAGUAAUGCUAGCUCAAUUCUCCCUGCUGUGACAGAUGCAAAUUCAAUAAAAGGCACAAAUCCAAAGGAACUUAGAAAAAAAGAGUAAUAAUCUGCAAUGCUGAAUCACCAGUGACUAUGUCUUAAAUGUGAAAGAAAAAAAAGACAAGAAACGUUUAUUCAUGCAAAAACAUACCUGCGCCGUCCAUCGCGGGCCAAACUGUACUAUUUUUCACCGCUUUGUGUUUAGGUAAGUGGUUUUUAUCGUUUUCUUUCAGUGAUGCAGUGUUUGCAUAAUGUCUUACCAUUUUUGUAUUGUAGGAACAAAAGAUGGGACUUUGAGUUUGUGCCUCUGUGACUGGUGGCCAAUCCAACACUUUUACUUUUUCUGGCCUGUUAAACUUACUUUUUUUUUCAUUUAAACAAAUGGUGUUUCAGUUUCUUUCUCCCCCCCCCCCCAAAAGUCUGAAGCUGCUCCUGCUUGGGUGAUAUAUGAUGUAUUCACUUAUUUUAGCCAGAAGUGUUCUUGGUGGGGAACAAGUAUAGGAAGUUAUUAGAAGUCAAUUGCACCCAUUUAAUAAGAGUGGAUGAGCAGGAAGUGUGUGUGUGUGUCUGUGUGCGCGUGUGUGUGUGAAAACGGGACUCGAACGGAAACCAUUCUGAAUGGUGCCAUACAGUGCAACAUGCUUAGAAUUUUAGACUUACAUGUCACUCUAAUGAAUUUACUCUUAGGCAGAUUUGAAGCACUACAUCAUUAAAUCACCGCUAAAUGUGGACAUGUUAGGGCACCGUAAUGAUAUUAAACUCCAUUUGUGAAUAGCACUACUGAAUGAAGGCACUAAUUCCAAACGGUUUGUAAAAGAUAUUUGACCUUUUCCGACAUCGCUCGCUGUCUUACCUCAAGUCUCCAGGCUAAAAAUCCACCAAUGUCACUGUUUCAGACAUGCUUUUCUAUGUUGCCUCGGUCACCUCAGUUAAACAUGUUUUGUAAAUGUUAUUUUUGUGACUUUGGUUGCUGUUUUGUAUUCUAAAGAAAGACCAAAAAUAAAAACAAAUAUAAGAAUAA